AUGCCAUUGCGCAUCGUGAGAGUCGUGCAGUGCUUAGUGAAACACAACGCUCGGAUAUUUUGGCUCGAGAUGCGGAUUCCCAUUAUGAAAGUUGUCGAUAUUGAAUUUCCAUCGAUUCGUACCUUUGAAGAGAAACGGGAUAUCAUUAUGCAGUUUCAAGCUGAAAUGUCACCUGAAGCACUGAAACAAGGAGCAUGUGCUGUUUGUGCGCAUAAUCUCCUCAUCAGUGAUCUUCAUUGUGUGGAUAUUCAUAAGGUGCCACUCCAUUUGUUGCACAAUGAUUGUUUACCAGAACAUAUGCUGCCGCACAGUUACGAUUUGGAGAUGUACAGUCGUGCCAUCUUGUACCCUAAAGGUAUGAAAUCUUGUUGGUCUUUCUCUGACUUAUUUAUGUGUUGUCCGCCAAGGCAACCAUACUAUGCUCAUGAUAGAUUACCAGAUAAUAUUCGACAUGCAUUCACUCAUGCCUCCGCGUCCCAGAUCACUCAUUUUUAUAGCUACAAGUCGUCGACAGCACAAUAUCGUCCAGUGGAACAGAUCUCUCAGCAGUACAAUAAAGGAAAUGUGGCCGUCAGACCCCAAGAUUCUGUCAAGCUUUAUUCUAUGUUGCCUCCCAGUUACGAUGAGCUUCGAGAUGCCAUGUGCGUCGUCUUUAGUGGUCAGAAAGAAUGGCCUUCGUGUGACACGGUGAAACAAUUGCGGCCCAUACUGGUCACCAAGAGUAGAGUGCGUAUACUCAUCGAAUUUUUAAUCACUAAUAAUCCAUGUCCACGAAAUAUGGACUCACUGUUCGACAAUGUCGAUGCGGAUGUUGAUUGCAGUGUUCCCGCAACAUUGGAAGUGUGUCAUUUGCCGCGAGGAGUUGAUGUGCCAGAAGAUGAUGCAUCAGAAGACAUUGUUAUGGAAGCAGUGGGAUUUACUCAAGGAGACCACUCAUCACAGAGCAGAGAAAAGAUGAAACUGCAUGCAUUAGCUUAUGUCUUAGAUCGGAAGUGUUUCCUUCUUUCUCGGACUGGUGUUAGCUUCAUUGCGGAUAAUGAUCCUGGAUUAAUGUCUUACCUAUUCCCUCAUAUUGAUCCUUGGGAUAUUGGAGCUCAGGACACUAAUUUUGCCUUUAUAUGUUGGAAUAUGAUUCAAAAAAGAGAAAUCAGUAGCAAUACUACCUUUCGAAGUUUGGUAAGAGAAUUAAAAGACAAAUGGACGUGUUCAAUCCAUGAAAAACCAUCUACCACUCAAGAGAAAAAAGCUGCGUGCAUUCUGCGUCGAAGUAUUGGAUAUAAGUUGUGUCGUCGUAAUGAAAUUCGUGCUCUUAUGAAAAAAUAUUGUACACCGGCUCAUAUAGUUUCUUCAAUCGUAGAUAUAGAAUUGGAUCAAUGGAUGACCAUGUCGUCGUUUGAGCGAGCUAAGGUGAUUGCUGUUCGGCCAGAUGCUGCGGCACUCGCAUUCGACUUACAAAUUCAGGCAUUCCUAAAUAUCAUUUUGAAAUAUAAGCAUGGACCAGGCAUUUUUGGUCACUGUCAAGCGUAUUACGGUAUGGUCGAAGCGCAAGGAAGAGGGACACUGCAUUGUCAUAUUCCCCAGGCAUUGCGUGAUCGACUUGCAUCUGAUGCGAGCUUCAAAUCUAAUAUGUUUCACUGCAAGCUUCCAUAUGAUAAGGGUCCUGUACCUGAAACAUCGCCCAAUGAUGCAUGCAAACCUGUGCGCACACACGAACUCGACCCAAGGCUAGAACGAUCCCCACAAGUAGCUGAAAUGGAUGCAAAAUCCUUUGAAUAUGAAUUCAAAAAGUUUUUGAGUCGUCUUGCUGUAGAAUGUAACUGGCACAUUCAUAGCGAGACAUGUUAUAAGCAUCUAAAAAAUGGACAAAAAAAAGGAGAUUCAACUUGUCGAAUGCGUCUCGAUGGCUCUGUGCAGGACGUCACGACUAUUGACAUUGAAACUGGCUCUAUUGAGUUGCGACGAUGGAGAGGUCGAUGCAAUACAGACACUCAGUUCAUUGGAUCAGGUGAAGCUGUGAAGGCAGCAGUAUUUUAUAUCACUGAAUAUAUCACUAAAGGAGACUUGCCUUUGCAUGUCGCUUUACAAGCAUUGGAGUAUGCACCUAAGAUGCACAAUGCUAAAUAUAUUACAGAUCCACAAGUAGAUCCACAGAAAAAGGAUAGUAAUCUACUUACCAAGUCUGUAAAUGCGAUGAUGGGUUGGCAGGAAAUGUCUCAUCAACAGGUAAUUGAUCAUACUUUUGAGACUAUCAAAUGGAUUGUGACGGAAGGUCCAAUCAAGAAGCAGAUGCGCCAUUGA